UUGGGGAAGGGGGGACACCAUCACCAGCACAUUUCUUGCCCUUUAGUUCGCAUGACAGGAAACAGACCCAGCAAGAAGUGAAGAAGCCCCCAAACGCUGGUCAAUAGUCUUGGGUUGACCCCCGGUGUAUGUGGAGAGGUGUGUGUGAGUGUGGCGUCUUGGAAGAGAUACCGAGGUCGAGUCUUGUGGGAAAAAUUAUGAGCUGCGUGGAGAGGAACACUUCUGAAACAGUGGAGACAUGAUAAGAUUGAAUCAUCGCCAACCAUUCAGACGAUAAGCCUAUAGGGGGACGUAGCAGUCCUCCGCCUACUUCUUCUUCUGCUCCUCCUCCUCCUCCUCCUCCUCCUCCAGUCCUCCCUAUGGAAACCGCUACCUCUGAAGCGCCGUUGCAAAGGGUCGCCACUUGAGUGACUCCACCGGCGUCUCGUCGUAGCUGCGUCGUCGUCAUGCAGCUGGCAACGACACCACAGCAGCUCCAGCAACCAUCAUGGCACUACACUUCAGUGCCAACCAGUACGACGGCGCCUACCGUGGGCCGGGACUCGGCAACUGGGAGGUGGGCAGGACCUUCCGGGAGAGGCCGAGGGCGCGUCGAGGGGCAACCAAGGUCAUAGCGGAUGACAGAGGUCACCUCCUUCCGGGCGCAAGGACUCAAGCCAGUCCUUGGGGACCCCUUACUCAGACUCUAGACCCUAACGUGACAGACAGACCGACGAAAACAAGUGAAUCUCAGAAUGCGCAACCCGAGUCAGAGGACGAGAAGGACGGUUCUUCGGACGAGGACAUCUUUCUCAAGAUCACAGGUAACGGGCUCAUGUCUGGAAGUGGGAGCUCCCCUGGAAGCGCGGGAGGAAGCGGUCACAACGGAGCUGCCACUCCCGCUUCCUCCAUGUCGGCUGCCUCCUUCAGGAAGCGCUCGGCUGCCAACGCAGCGGCUCCUUCGUCCAGGACGUCUCGAAGACCAUCAGCCGCCAGCAGCCAUUGCUCUUCGGCCGCCUCUACCGCAAGCGCUGAUAGAGCGCUGAAGGAAGUAGCCCAUAUUCCAGCCGACACUGUGGAGGAUGCCCUCCUACCUCGGAAACCAGAAGAAGAACUGACUGAACUCACCGGUUCCAGAGCUCUUGCCAUCCGCCUGGUUGACCAUCCAGCACCCACCAAUUGCACUAAGUAUGUCAUUCUUAGGCCUAACACUGCACCUUCCCCUGCACCGGUGACAAAGGCACCGUUACUGCCCAAAAGGCCGAAAACUGCAAAAAUCAUACGAAAGGUACCUGAGAUUGAAUUUGCCUUGAAGUGGGAUCUCAAAGAGAAUGACAUCCUGGAAGAAGAAGAAGAAGAGCAAGAGAGCGAAGAUAUUGAGGUUGUUGACCUGAAAAAGGGCAAGAAGCAUCGGGAUCCUCCAACACCUCGUUCUGUAAGUUCUAUAGAUUCUGGAAUUCAUGCUCCAAAGGCUGCCUGGAAUGAUGGACCUGAUACUCACGAGCUCACUACCAAGCUGGAAAACUUGAAGAUUAAUCACGGGGCAAAGUCCAGAGGAUCUACCCCCGAACCAGAAUCAGGUUAUGGAACUCCAAAAUCAGUUAGUUCAGGUAAGAGCCUGCCGUCGGUGAGCUCUCGCGCUAGUUCCAGAGCAGCUAGUGUGAAAUCUUCUCCCAAAACAGACAAAGCGGUGGUUGUAAGUGCAGGUGGCAUUAAAACUAGAAGUCAGAAAAUAUCCAUGGAUGCACAGAGAUUGGCUCAAGAGAGUCCAAAGUCCUCUUCGAAGUCCAGAGGCUCUUCUCCGAGCUUAGGAAAGCAAACACCAAAGUCGGCCAAAGAGUCCGCUAGAAGUGGUAAGGUUCACUAUUCUUCUCGAGAAUCUAAAUCAGCCACACCACAGCCACAAGAGAAGAAUCCACCAGCGCCCCCAGUGAGGGACCCUCUGGAAAUUAUGGAAACAAUGGAUUCUGUGUUCCACGUGGUUCCUUUAAGAGAUACAGGACGAUCAUUAACACAGAGAAGUUAUCAACCCGGUGAGAGACAACACGUUGCUGCCACAACACAGACAGAGGAUGUAGCAGAAGAUAACACAAAGAAGAAUGGUCCUGAUGCAAUGGAUGCAAGGAUAAGACACAACCACCCGAAACACAUCCGCUCCAGAAACUGCCUGGCCUGUGAGGUGAGGGCUCUGGAAGACCCUCCCAGGAAAUUCCAGGGGCCCUCAGACUACAAACCAGCCUUCAAAGCCGGGAAGCCACAUCAUCAGAGCGGCGUCAGUAAGCCAAAGUACAUCCGUCAGAGCGACCGUUACAACGCCCGUUUGAAGGCCAGACACGAGCCUCUGCGGAUCUGGAAGAUAAACACCUUGAGUUCUCCCUUCUGCAACCGGCCUGGGUACGGACAGGACCAGUACCCAGACCACAUGAGACUCAGGUCGACUUACGGCAUGGCGAACGCCACCAGUACAGCCACCAAACCGUCUCAGAGGGGACCUCUUAUCAAAAAACUUUACCUCUGAGGCGAGCAGACUCCUAAGUGGUAGGAAUACAGUCACUUACGCCAUUAGUAAUGCCACAUGUUCUUAGAGAUUUGUCGUCAAGAGAGACUGUUUUCAGAAAGGGGUAGGUCUUGCUUCUGGUGUCAAGAGAGAAGAUACCGGAUGUUUUUAUCCAACAAUUCUUCCUUAUGGCUUAACAAUGGCUGCACGAGAGACUGCAUCUUCAUAAAGCAAAUAACUGAUCUAAGAUUGUGCAGUAGGAGUGUGGCUGGAUUUAAUUUAGCCUCAGUAAACGCCAUGAAUAACUAUCGUUAACGAACGCUUACUGCCGAGGCAUAAAUGAUGACAGAAAUGAUGCGCGCAGGCUAAUAUUCAUUGGGCAACAUUCAGCCUUGGAUGUUAUUCUAUACAUAUGUUAAUUUCACAACACUGAAGCCUCAAGUUUCCCACGUAGAGGACUUUUUAUUAAAAGUUGCUUUGGAAAGUGAACUUUAUAGAAAAUCGUGCAGUCUGUAUAAUAUGAUCCACUGUGAUUGUUGCAGAUUAAGUUUCAGUUCCGUUACCUUUGCAGUUUUGAAGAGUCUCGCAAGACGAAUGACCUUACUGAAGUCCAGCUCUGCAUGUGCUUUGAUCAUAAAUAACUUUAUAUAUACUUACGAAAGAUGAAUUAUUCAAAUGAACUAUUUUCUUGGACACAUUCCAAGGUUAGAGAUUGGGUUUAUUAAUGUCUCUUGCCCAGUGUGACAUUAAAUCUUUCAAGAGUGACUUACUGAAUCUUCAGAUUUCAGAGGUGCGUGUGGUUCAUUUCAGAAAACAGCC